AUGACGACGUUCAACAUUGCACGCUGCGUCUCUCGAGGUCGCACGUGCGCAGAUCUUCUGCUUCCAAGAUGCAGGUGGCGGCUUCGGAACACCCGUCCGUUGGCAUCACAGGUGGAGAGUUCACCACCGGCGGAGCAGGACAAUAGCAUACCACAAAGAUUGGCCCCACCGCCGCGAGGUCGACGACUCAAUUUUCGGCAGUUCGACCUCGAACCCGAAUGGAAGAAGGCCGAGCUCCGCAAGGAAGCCGAGGAGGAGCAAGACGAGGAGGAUGGUGUGCAGCUCAGGAUCUCGGACAUCACGGACAAGGCAGUUGAGGGCCUUUGGCCUCCGGCCCCACUCAUGGACUUCAAGAGCAAAGACAAGCUCAUGGAGUCGCUAGACCAGAGCGAGCUGAUGGAGAAGGUCGACGAAGAAGAGCGGCGUGAAGUUGCGAGGUGGGCUGCCGUCUCGAGCUGGCGUCAAAAGUUCAUCAGAAGUGUGGAAGGAAUCUGCACCUCUGUGAAAUCUGAUUGGAGCUACUGCGCGCUUCCUUUACAGCAGGCCUUUCCUUUGGCUGCAGCACGAGGAGCAGGAUUUCGCGUGGAGCCAAGCGCGGCAAGCUAUUCGCCACGUCGAAGUAUGUGA